AUGCCUAAUCUCUCUGUUGGUGCUUGCUGUGAACAUCGUGCUGGCUUUCUGGGCUUUGCUGAGGCUUCUGCUCUUGCCGCUUCAUCCUCUGAUGUCGGCAGUUUUGUGCCUGCUUCCUGUCCAAACAGUUAUGCUCCAAACUUGGUCAUUGAGCCAAUCCAUCUUGAUAUUGCAUUGGACUUUCAUUUGUCCAAACAGACUGUACAUGCAGUGGUUACUCAGACCUUUGCCAAUCGACAUGAUGCCAAUCACCAGCCAGGUGACAAGUCGCUGCUCAAAACCAUCCGUCUCAAUGCCAUUGGGUUCAUUGACUUGGAAGUUUCUGAAAUGGAAGAUCAUGGCUUGACCCAUUGUUAUGACAAUGACACUCUCUCUCUUGCUUGGGCUGUUCCAUUUGGUGCUCAGGAAGAGCGCAAGGUGACAUUCAAGUACACCAUCCACAAGCCAAUAUCCGGACUGUACUUUGAUGUGCCCAACAACGCCUACAGUGCCUUUCCUAACCGAGUUGCUCAUGCCAUCACUGAUCAUGAGACUGAACGUGCUCGCUACUGGCUGCCUCUGGUGGAUUUUCCUGCUGCGCGAACCACCCUUUCGUUUGCGCUUACCGCUCCUCAAGAGUAUCUCGCAUAUGCCAAUGGCGCAUUCCAAGGUGAGCUUGUAAAUGCCUCAAACGGUACUCGCACAACUAGAUACGCCCUCAGCACGCCUUGUCCAUCCUACCUGAUCUGUGUUGGUGUCGGCGACUUUGUCACUGUCGAUGACGAGACUGUCAAUGGCAUCCCCAUCAAGUACAUUGCUCCUCGCGGUUUCUCGGAAAAGGACUUGAUGCGCACAUUUGGUCGCACUCCUGCCAUGAUUCGCUGGCUUGAAAAAAAACUCGACUACCCUUUUCCGUGGCCCAAGUACUACCAGAUCUGCUCCAAGUUUAUUGGUGGUGCCAUGGAAAACAUUUCCUUUGUCACUUGGCUUGAUCGAUACAUUCAGGAUGAAAAGCUUGCUACCGAAAUUUCUCAUCACAUUGAUGGAGUCAAUAUUCAUGAAAUGGCACAUACUUACUUUGGUGAUCUUCUUGUUAUUCGCCACUUUGAGCAUGUUUGGCUUAAAGAGAGCUGGGCUACUUAUGUUGAGUGUCUUUGGCUUGAAGACAAUGCUACACAAGACGAGUUUCGUUACGAGAUGUGGUGGAAGGCCGACCGCUACAUUGCCGAGACUGAAUCGUAUAUGCGUCCCAUUGUCAACCGUCAAUUUGACUCUAGUUGGCGCAUGUUUGACGGACACACUUAUCCAGGCGGAGGCUGUCGUCUACACGUUCUUCGCAAGCAUGUUGGCGAUGAUGCCUUUUUCAAGGGUGUUCAAAACUACUUGAAACAGUAUUCUGGAAAAACUGUCGAAACCGAUGAUUUCCGUAAAUGCAUUGAAGCUCAAAGCGGCAUCAACCUUGUUCCCUUUUUUGAUCAGUGGUUGUACUCUAAAGGAUAUCCUGCCUUGAAAGGAUCUUUUGAUUUUAAGCCUGCCAGUGUCAGUGAUAGUGGUUGUUCUACUGUUAGCAUCACACUCGAGCAGACUCAAGUUGAUGUAUCUGCAAAAAUCCCAUUCUUCAAUAUUGUUAUUGAUGUCGAAGUUGUUGAUACCGAGGAUAAGAUCCAUACAAGUCAAGUUGUGUUCAACGACUCGACUCAGAAAAAGGCAUUUGCUGUUUUAUCUCUUGGAACUAAUGCCAAGACCAAACCAAAAACUAUCCGAUUUGAUCCCCAUGGUCGCAUUCUGUUUACUUUGGACAUGAAUCCAGGUCUAGACAUUCUUGCCAAAACUGCUGCUGAUGCUGGUGAUGUCAGCAAUCGUAUCUGGGCUUACAGGGAGCUUAUAAAAAUGGGUAGUUCUGCAGCGUUGCGAAAGGUCUGUGCUAGUGUUGCCACGGAAAAGUUUUAUGGUGUGCGUAUCCAAGUUGCUGCUGCUCUAGCCAAGGCUAAAACCGCCGCAUCUCUUGAACUUCUUGCUCAAGUCCUCACCAAUGAAAAGGAUCCCAAAGCCAUGUUUUUUAUUGCUGCUCGCUGCACUGCUCGCGAUCUCAACCUUCGUAAUGCUCUCCGCCUGUUUGUGGAACGCAAGGACAUUGGACCUCGCAGCAAAGCUGAAGCCUUUACGGCUCUGGGUGCUCAGCGUCAUCCCGAUGAUGUUCAGUACCUUUUGUCUGUUGCCCAAGAUCCUAACCAAAUUGGAAUGCAUAGCAUGAUCCGAUCUGGUGUUCUUCGCGGUCUUGGCGAGAUGCGUGACCCAUCCGUGUUUGCCUACCUUGUCUCUCGCACUGCUGCAGGCAUUGAGCCAGAAAACUCUCGCACCGAGGUCUAUACAGCUCUAUCUCGCGUAGCUCCAUGGCAAACGCAGCAAUUCAUUCGAGCCACCAUUGAACUGUUUGAAGAAGGCCUUCGUGACGAAUCGGUUCAUGUACGUUUCCGAUGUGCUCGCGGUCUAGUUACACUGGAUUCCAAAUCUUCAGCGGGUGCAAUAUUGGGUCUUCAAGCUGGCAUUGACGAGCGUGAUUUCACCAGUAUCAAAGCUCUUGUCAAACGACUGCGCGAAACCACUGGAUAUGGACCUGGUGUGAGUGCAGACAAAAUCAAAGAAUUUACCAGUCUAGCCGAGUCACUUGAAAACAGGCUGAAAAAGAUGGAAGAAGGAGAAAGACUGAGAGAGAUGCGUGAGGAAAUGGUCAAAGAAGCCAAACAGGCUGAACAAGACAAGGAAGCUGCUGCCACCAAGCAGUAAACCUCUUGAACCUCUUGCCCAUUUUGCAAAAUCAAAACAUGGUUCAAUUUCAAGAUCCAACUUUCUGGUUUCACGCCGUAUUCAUCCAAAAUAAAAUACGUUCAUCUGGC